AGGGCAAGAGAAGGGUUUUUUUUUUUUUUUUGCUAGUGUGUGAGUGGAUAGAGUGAAGAGCUGUGAGUCAGGUAAAAAAAAAGUUCUCGUGCAAUGAGUUCUGGCUGCUAGACAACAAAAAACCAAGCUUCACAUAGGAGGAGGCAAGAGAUUUUGGUAUGAUUAGUUUAUUUCUUUGCCAAUGAUUGAGUUGCCUUGCAACAAGUGAGAGACACUUCUAGGGAACCUCUGGAAGUAAGAAAAGGAAGAGAGAGAGAGAGAGAGGUAGAGUGAAAGAAAUUGAAGAUGAAAUCUAUGAGUAUUAAUAACAAUGGAAGUAAUAAUAACUGGUUAGGCUUCUCUCUUUCGCCCCAUAUGAAAAUGGAGGCUGCUUCUGAAUCCCAACAUCAUCAUCAGUACCAUCAUCAAACCCAAACCCAAACUCAUGCUCCUGCUCCUGCUGCUGAUUCUGUUUCUGCUGCCGUUCCAACAAGUUUCUAUCUUUCUACUUCUCUCUUCAACAGUUCUGGAAUCUGUUUUGGAGUUGGAGAAAAUGGUGGCUUUCACUCUCCUUUGUCUGUUAUGCCCCUCAAAUCUGACGGCUCUCUUUGUAUCAUGGAAGCUCUCACUAGAUCACAGCCUGAAGGAAUGGUGUCGAGUCUAUCACCAAAACUGGAGGACUUCCUAGGUGGUGCAACCAUGGAAAGUCAUCAUUACAGUAGCCAUGAAAGGGAAGCCAUGGCCUUAAGUCUAGACAGCAUAUAUUACCAGCAAAGCUCAGAGCCAGAAACUAAUGGACAACAUUCUCUCAACCUUCAUGAACCAUAUAGGCAGCAAGACCAACAGUUUUCAGUUCAAACCCACCCAUAUUAUUCUGGAAUAGCAUGCCAAGGAUUGUAUCAGGCCCCACUGGAGGGAGAAACCAAGGGUACUCAGCUUGCAGAUUGUAAUUCACCUAUUCCUCUAAUGGGAGACGAUGAGCUGCCUCGCUUGAAACACUGGGUUGCUAGACACUAUUCCUCGCCAAAUGCACUGGAGCAGCAGAUUAAUAGUGGCAUGGUUAAUGAUAGUGGGGCUUCUUGUUCUGCUAGUGCUGUAGGUUGUGGGGAUUUACAGUCUCUCAGCUUGUCUAUGAGCCCUGGUUCGCAGUCAAGCUGCAUUACAGCUCCAAGGCAGAUCUCACCUGCUGGCACUGAGUGUGUGGCCAUAGAAACAAAGAAGCGAGGCCCUGUAAAAGGGGGUCAAAAACAGCCUGUUCAUAGGAAGUCUAUUGACACAUUUGGCCAAAGAACAUCACAGUAUAGAGGCGUUACAAGACACAGAUGGACUGGUAGAUAUGAAGCCCAUCUCUGGGACAAUAGUUGUAAGAAGGAAGGCCAGACCAGGAAAGGAAGGCAAGUUUAUCUGGGGGGUUAUGAUAUGGAAGAGAAAGCUGCAAGGGCUUAUGAUCUUGCUGCCCUUAAGUACUGGGGACCUUCAACUCAUAUAAAUUUUCCGUUAGAAAAUUACCAGGAAGAACUUGAAGAAAUGAAAAACAUGGGCCGCCAGGAAUAUGUUGCACAUCUACGGAGAAAAAGUAGUGGGUUUUCUAGGGGGGCCUCAAUCUACAGAGGAGUAACAAGGCAUCACCAGCAUGGAAGAUGGCAAGCAAGGAUAGGCAGGGUUGCAGGAAACAAGGACCUUUAUCUUGGGACGUUCAGCACCCAAGAGGAAGCUGCUGAAGCUUAUGAUAUUGCUGCGAUCAAAUUUCGGGGGGUUAAUGCUGUGACAAACUUUAACAUAACAAGAUAUGAUGUUGAUAGGAUCAUGGCCAGCAACACGCUUCUAGCUGGAGAACUAGCCAGGCGAACCCGAGACACAGAAUCUAGCAUUGAGGCCAUUGACUAUAACACAUCAACACAGAACAAUUGUGUUUUAUACCAAUCUCCGCAGGAACAGCCAAAUGCUAGUGGAGAAUCUCUUGAUCAGAAGUCAAUGAGUGCUGGGAAUUAUCGAAGCACCUCUUUCUCAGUGGCAGUGCAAGAUCUUAUGGGUAUGGAUCAUUCAGUGAACUCUAGCCAGCUAGAGGUAGAUGAAUCAGCCAAGCUAGGAACUCAUCUCUCGAACCCCUCAUCUUUGGUGACCAGUUUGAGCAGCAGCUCUAGAGAAGCUAGCCCUGACAAGACUGGAACCCCUGUGCUCUUUGCUAAACCUCCACGGGCAUCAAAGUUCAUAGGCCCUACAACCAGCGUUACCCCUUGGAUCCAAGCAGCAGCAGCCCAAUUGAGGCCAGCAGGAAUCUCCAUGGCUCACUUGCCAGUUUUUGCUGCAUGGAAUGAUACCUAAAGCCUUCCUUUUGCGGUUCCCAUGUGGAGUUUUUGCAUGAACCAAGGAAAAGGAAGAGUUACUGUUUAAGGAGGGGUGUAGGCAGGAAUUUUCAAGAUGUUUUUUCUUUUUAGGAGUGUUAGUGGAGGAAACUGGGGAUUAAUGAAAGACAAGGGUGGGGGCCAGUAAUUUGUAUGUAACCCUUGUGGAAGAAACUUUGUCAAAUUGACCUUUUGGGCUCGAUAUUGGAAUGAACAUUUUGCAAAAUGGAGAGAAGGGAUAGAGAAGUAGUAGUCUCAUGAUUAAAUUCUGUGCUGUGGAAAUGAUGUCGUCAAUGUAGUAGUAAGUGGCUGGCCCUUCAUAUAUUA